UGUUUGUUCUUGCUCUUUCAGAUCCUGGGUGCUGUGAUCCUGGGGUUUGGGAUAUGGAUUCUGGCUGACAAAACCAGUUUCAUCGCUGUUCUACAAAUGUCAUCUCCCUCCUUGAAGACUGGUGCAUACAUCCUCAUUGGUGUUGGGGCUCUCACCAUGCUGAUGGGCUUCCUGGGCUGUCUUGGAGCAGUCAAUGAAAUCCGAUGUCUCUUGGGUCUGUACUUCACCUGCCUGAUGAUAAUCCUCAUAACUCAGGUUGCUGCUGGACUGGUCAUCUACUUCCAGAAGGAAACGCUGAAGGAAGAGCUGUCCCGCAUAGUUCGAAGUCUGAUUGAAAAAUACAACCCUUGGAAUGAUGAUGAGAGGAACUUGCAAGAUGCAUGGGACUAUGUUCAAACCCAGAUUGCCUGCUGUGGCUGGACUGGAGCAAAGGACUGGGAAAACAAUGAGAUUCUUAUCAACCAAAGCAUGACUGCAUAUCCUUGCUCCUGCUCCAAUAGCUCCAAGGAUUUUCAGGUAGAUACUGGUUUCUGUAAUCUGGAUGUCCCCACCAACGACACUGUGACGUAUGCUGACUGGCCUGUUCAUCAGCAGGGAUGCAUGGAUGGUGUAGAGCAGUGGUUGAAGGACAACCUUGGUGUCAUUCUUGGGGUCUGCACUGGUGUUGCUGUUAUAGAGCUGCUGGGGAUGAUCCUAUCCAUCUCGCUUUGCAAGAACAUACACAGUGAAGACUACACCAAAGUGCCCAAGUCUUGAGUUGGCUGACACCAGAGCUACAGCCCUGCAGAGAAAGGAGCAAACAGAACAUUCCUGCCUCAUACCCAGACUGUCCAACCAUUGACCAUUACUCCUGUGACAUCCCAUUUCUGAUACCACUCUGCUAAGAACUGUUAGAGCUGCAAUACAGCCUGAUCUUCUGGCAAUAGGGCCCUUGGGCCACCUGCAUCCUGCCUCUGGAUUAUUUUUACUUCAAGAAGCAGAACUUAACUGUC